CUAUAUUAUUCUUUAGCCAUGGGAUCCAAAGUAAUAUUCAUGCUCUUGGUGCUUUGCAUUACAGUUUAUGGUACUAACAAUGAUGACUCGUUCUCAAGACAGAAGGUUUUGGAAGUUGAGAAAAAAUUACAGCAUCUUAGAAAACACUCAUUAAAAACCAUUAAGAGUGAAGAUGGAGAUAUUAUAGAUUGCAUUGACAUUAAAAAACAGCCUGCCUUUGAUCAUCCUGCAUUGAAAAAUCACAAAAUUCAGAUGGCUCCCAGUUACAAUUCAGUUAAGAAGGACACCACAGUAAGCACUAGUAAUAAAACUAAGAGUGCCAUGAUGAAGGAAAGGGAUGAAAAGUCAUAUGUGAAAUUAACUUCCCAACAAGUAUGGCAGAAAAGUGGAAGUUGUCCAAAGGGAACAAUACCUGUUCGAAGAAUACGAAAGAGAGAGCUUCUCAAGGCUCCAUCCAUUGAUGAAUUUGGAAGAAAGAAACCAAGCUUCAGAAAAGUUAAUCAGAAUGUUGAUUCCUUUGUACUGCUAACAAAUCACUCUAAGGCAAUGUUGUUCGCAACUGCAUUCCGCUUUGUGGGAGGUAAAGGAGACAUUCAAGUGUGCUAUCCAUUUGUUGAAAAGGAUGAUGAAUACAGCACUGCACAGGUCUCUCUCGUAACUGGAUCUUACGACAACUAUGAGCUUGUUGAAUCCGGAUGGGCGGUCAAUCCCAGUGUAUAUGGAGAUAGGAACACUCGGUUAUUCGUUUAUUGGACGGCUGAUGGUUCAAAGAACACAGGUUGCUUUGAUCUGACUUGUCCUGGUUUCAUCCAAACUAGCAAUGAAAUUGCCUUAGGUGCUGCAAUUUAUCCCAUACCAAUUCCUGGUGGUCUUCCAUACCAAAUAACUAUUUACGUCUAUAAGGAUCCAUAUACUAAUAAUUGGUGGGUGCAAUAUGGUGAUAAGACCAACAUAGGUUAUUGGCCAUCUGAACUAUUCACAACAAUUAUCUACAAUGCUGAUGCAGUGGAAUGGGGUGGUGAAGUUUACAGCACAACUGUUGGACAUACUCCUCAUACCAAAACACAAAUGGGUAAUGGUCAAUUUGGUUCAGUGCCCUGGGUUCCGUCUUCCAUCUUAAGGAUGAGAAUUCAUGAUAAUUCUGCGACCUUGAAGAUCCCAGACUUUGUUGAUCAUUACUCGGACGAAUAUAACUGUUAUGAUGUUUUUUAUAACGCAGAUUAUGUGGAAGAUCCCGAGCUCUAUUAUGGAGGGCCUGGUAGAAACCCGAUGUGUCCUUGAUGACAUUUUGAAAAAUUACAAACUCCAAUCUGCAGAAAGACUAUGUUGUCACUAUUUCUUUGCAUUCUAUAUGUUUCCAUUUGUAGAACAAUUUAACUCAUUAAUUUAAUGGUA